UCGGCUCCGCGGCGCCUGCCUCUGCCGUUGUAAACUGACGCGCGUGUCGACCGGCCAGCGCGCAACAAUAAAUAAAAUAAACAAAAUGGCGCGCCGAUAAACAAACGACGCUGGCGGUCGACGUAGACAAUUUCAAAACGUCGUCGCUGUCAGGCGUCUCGCCAAAUUCUAGUCACCUCCGUGCGCGGAAACCCACCACGCUCAGAGGUUUAGAUAUGAUCCGGAUGUGAUAACGCGUUUGCUCGCCUACCCCUAAAUUUUUAGUACAAAAAAUCCCAGUAGCGAAUUAAGCAUGGACGCCAAAGCGAAACUCGGCAUGUCCAGAGAGAACUCGUGGGGUGACAUCAACCUCCAGACCACGCACAAACCCGGUUUGACUGAUCUACGCCCUGCAAGUAAAUCUUCCAAUAUCCGCCAUCUUCAUUCACCGCGCGAUCCUCAUUCUUUGAUGCUGAAGACCUAUUCCUCGGAGUUUUUCGAGCCGCCGUCGUUACCCGCGCUUAGGGCCAAACUGGCCGCAGCUAAGCAGCUGGCCAAAGAGCAGAGAAAACAAAAUGAUGCGCAACUCACGGAUUCGUGGUUGAGUGGCGGAACAUUUGGUUCAAGGUCAUCGGUGUUGGUGUUUCGAAGUUCUGCGCUGGCGCAGGCUACUGAUGCGGAUAUCGCAUCGAAACCGGGACACAAGUUACACAUUACGUUCCGCGUGGUUCAAGCCGAGACGAAACUUUUAGCGAAACUCCUCGAAUGUCAUGGCAUUAAUGAAGCAUCACCCGAUUCGAACGAUUAUAAUAUUUUAUGGACUGGCAGUCAUCCUAAACCAGGAAUUCUGCGCUCCAUGGCACCGCAUCAACGCGUCAAUCAUUUUCCUCGAUCAUAUGAGCUCACGCGUAAGGAUCGGCUCUACAAGAACAUCGAAAAAAUGCAACACGCGAAGGGCCUCAAGCAUUUCGAUUUUAUUCCGCAGACAUUUCUCAUGCCUACCGAAUACAGGGAACUUUGCACGACGCAUCAUCGCGUUAAAGGUCCCUGGAUUGUAAAACCAGCGGCGUCAAGUCGUGGAAGAGGAAUAUACAUUGUUGAGUCACCUAAUCAGGUCCCGAUUGAGGAACCAGUGGUUGUUGCAAAAUACAUUUCCAAGCCUUUGCUUAUCAAAGGCCAUAAAUGCGACCUUCGGUUGUAUGUGGCGGUGACUUCAUUUGAUCCGCUGUUGAUUUACAUUUAUGAAGAGGGAAUGGUGCGUUUUGCGACCGUUAAAUAUGAUACCACUCACAAGCAGCUGUGGAAUCCGUGUAUGCACCUUUGUAAUUACAGCAUUAACAAGUACCACAGCGAUUAUGUCAAGUCGGAUGAUCCGAGCGCUGAGAAUGUCGGUCAUAAAUGGACUCUGAGCGCGCUGUUGCGACACUUGAAGAGUAUUGGGAAGGACACGGCUGCAUUGAUGACCCAGGUUGAAGAUUUGGUCAUCAAGGCGAUUUUAUCAUGCGGAAAUUCGAUUGUUACAGCUUGUAAGAUGUUUGUACCGAAUCCGGUGAAUUGUUUCGAAUUAUACGGUUUUGAUAUACUCAUCGAUGAAAACCUGAAGCCAUGGCUGUUGGAAGUGAAUUUAUCACCUAGCUUGGGUUGCGAUAGUCCGCUGGAUGUUCGAUUGAAGUCGGCCAUGUUGUCUGAUCUUUUAACAUUGGUGGGAAUACCCGCAGUUGAUCCGAUAAUUAAACCUACCAGUCCAGCUACUACGAACAGUUCAAAGUCUUUGAAAAUGAAAAUUAGUAAUUGUCGAAGAAUUCACUCAGCCGAUGGCCUCAGUAAUCACACACUGCCAAAGAAAGCUAGCAAGGGUUCCAUUUCAUUGUCUAAUUCUUCGCUAACCGCAGAAGAUAACAAAAUGGUGAAGAAUGCAAAGAGUCAGUUUCUACGAAGAGGCGGCUACGUCCGUAUAUUUCCGUCUGUUGAUAGUUGGGCUAAAUACGGCCAAUAUUUGGAUGCAAUUAGUGGCAUUCCUAUAGCUGGUAGCAGUACGUCAAUACCAUUCUCAUUUAUGGGCCAACACAACAACAAUCAAAUAUUGUACAAAUCCCUAUAUCCCGAUGUAAUUAUUACCCCGUCGGCGCAAACAGGGCGGCUGGAUAAGAACUUCCGAAGCAAGAGAGAUGGUUCUCUUGAUAGCGUGAGGAGAUGCGAAGCACCUGUCUCAACACCCAGACAGGAUAGAUAUGAGCGUAAGUUGUCACAAGGACAUAGAUCUACUUUAACAGCACCGAAGAAACCUCUGCAAGAGGAUUACUCGGUGGAGUUGAAGCGGCAAGUGUGUGAUAUGGUAAGAAACGGCAAAAAGUUGUCACAAGUUGAGGCUAGGAAAGCGUUUAGCCAAUAUUUGAUGUGCGUACUGAAGAGAAUUUCUACAUCGCCUGAUCAAGAUGGACACAUUGAAAUUGUCUUGAAAUUCUUGCAAAAGGCGUCGACAUAUUUGAAGAAUCCGUUCUACGUUAAAAUUCCGGGUCAUAAACUAUCUGAAAAAGAUCGCGCCGCCAUUGUUGCAAAGCAGUUAAACGACUUUCUGUACCUGUACAAUCGUGAGACGGAACAGUAUGCCGAUCUGGACCGCCCCUGCAACAUACCCAAGAACGUUUUCAACGAAUUUUUGGAGCAUUCGAGCGAAAGUGAUCUGGAGGAACUCCUCAUCCUCCAAAACAUGCAAACAGUGCCAAACAGCAAGGGCAGCGACACAAACACGGCGACCAGCUUCCAGGGUCUCUUGCGAUGCCUGCCGAGCAUUAAUUCCAUUUGUUUCAGCUCACCAGAGGCAGCCAAGAAGCCGGUGAAGGUUACACCGCUCUCAUGAUUUAUUUUUCUAUGACGUCUAUGUGUUAGAUGCGUUCCUGUGCACAGUCUAGUCGCGCUAUGCGAAUUACCCAGAUUGCGCGUAGUCCAAAAGUACAUUUGUACGUUUUACCUUAGCUAACACAAUACGCCAUUGCGUAUAUAGGAUACAAAGUCACGCGAAAAUGCAUGCGAUCAAAGUUUACAAUUUACACGUUCAUUCCUUUCUUAAUUAUUAAGUUGAUUAGUUGUUUUAGCGAUUUGUUUGUGAUAUAUUUGAAGCGAAUAUUGAUGGGGCUGCUUUUUGAUUUAAGUUCUUUAACGAAAACAAGUUACCAUUUUCUUAAAGAUACGUUUUUGUUUAACUUAUUGUUAUUUUUUGCACGAAUUUACUGAAACUGUACUUAUUUUUGUUUAGUUUGAUUUGAGUUCUGUUUAAUAUUUCGUUAGUCACUGUUUAUUCAAUGUAUCCAUGACAUUUUUAUUGCAUUUAUUUUUUGUUACCUUUUUUUGUAACCAAAGAUUGAGGCUGAUCUCAUAUUUUGGUAGCUUAUAUUGUUUUGUUUAUUUAUUCGUUUGUUCUGAACAAAAUCUUUCCUUCCACACUCAAAAUAUUAUAAAUAUGAAUCAAAAUGAACUAUGAAAGGAAAGUACAAAUACAAUUAUUGAAGAAUUUAAAAUAAAACCGAUAAGAUUGUCCAAAGCUUUCGCUUUCGAUUGAAUUUGUCACGUUUACUAAUCAGAUCAAGGGUGAUAAUUAAAUUAGGCGCACGAAGUGGACGUAUGCGCCAUAUUAACUCUUAACAAUGAAUUUUACCUAAGUCUAAAUGUAAAUGAUAAACUUACAAUGAGUGUUUAUGAAUUAUCGGCUCUAAAAUUAGCUUUAGCAACACGUGGAAUCUAAUUUAUGCAGAACUUUGUUGAAACUUAUCAAAACAGCAAUCAAAUAUGAUAUUUUUGUAUGUUUGUAAUCCGAAGCUGAAUCUUUGUAUAUUUUCAAAAUGGCGAACGUAAUAUUAAGUUUAUUAUGUUAUCCAGGUUAGUGUGAAUUAAUGUUAAAAACAGUGCGUACUUUCCACGCACGCGUUUUUGAUAUAAACAAACACCAAAUAGAUGUUAAUAUUCAUAACGAGCGCGUUUUAGUGUGCGUCCGCCAUUAACUGCAUAUAGACAAACAUUUGUAAAAAUGCACAGCGUUUAGAUUUCGCCGGCGGUAAAUGGCAAGAUGAAAGCUGGGAAAUUGUGAUUGUAUACACAUUGCGUCAAUUUGGCGAUUUCCUAAUGUUUUUUUCGUGCCGUUCUCGCUGUUAAAUCGCCAUUAAACGAGUCAACAGAACUAAAUUGAUCCUAAUGCGUAUUUAUCUUUGCUGGAAAGAGGAAAACUUUGGCGAUUGGGCUUUAAUUUUAUGUGGAUUUACAUGAAAACAAACUUGUUCGCUUAAACUUGACCCAAAAUCGCGAGAAAAACACAAAAAUAUUUUUUUAUUUCUUAUUGCACACGCGCAUUAACGAAAGCACAUAUUGUGAUACAAACGCAAUGGCCUACAAAGUAAUAGUCACAAGAAAAUUUAGGUCUUAGACGCGAAAAGUGAAAAAUGUAACGAACACAUAUUGCAAUCACAUAUUUUUUUACUCUCUUCGUAAGCGAUUUAUAUGUAUGUAGUACUUACAAGCUGUGUAGACAUGUAGAACAUAGAUUUAGGUACAAAAAAAAACAGUCAGCAAUA